CUUGGGGCUCCUUCAUUUCAUACUGUAAUUAUUUCGGAAAAUAUCAUAGCGACGGCGAGCUUGGGGGUUCUGGUGCCAUUCUGCAUGUUUGGGGAGGGUUUUCUCCCAUCUCCGGUCCCUUGUUGAUGUUGCUUGUUCAUAGAGACACAGACUACUACUUACUACUGCUGCUAUGUAUGUGACGUGUAUGUACGAUUAGAGUUAGCGCGCAAGACCUCUCUACUUCUUACUUCCUGUUCAUGGUAAACCUUUCUGACCUUUCUGACCUUUCGUGCAUAUUGAAACCGCCCCAUCUCACCAAAGGCCCCGAUCAGAGCAAUGACUGGAGGAUGGGGGCGAGUGCCCAUCCAAGCUUUCCCGCCUCCAUCACGGCCGGCGGUUACCAUCCCGUCCAUCACAACCGCUCCAUCCUCUCGUCACCUUCCCACCUUCCACCUUCUUCUCCCCCAAUUCCCCCACCGGUCGUCCACACCCACACCACUCCUUUCCCCUCCAUUCCGCUCCUGGGAGCGAGUCUGAAUAUCCGGUCGCUCUUUGCAAUUCUUCCUAGGUCUGUCCUUGGCUACACCGCCGUCCCGAGUGAGUCAGGACCCCUUCCUCGGCCUGCUCCCCACUUCCGUCAUCAUCGUCGAGCUAACGACGGGAACUACGGUUAGGCUGCCUUGGGGACGGUUACUACCUGGACUAGACCACUAGACUACUAGUGAGCAGCGACUACUCGAUCUAUCGGCCCCUACCAGACUGCCACCACGAUUUCUCGCAGUGACGACGACUAAGCAUCGCCUACCCUCGUUACC